CACCUACACAAUACAAAAGAUGAAAUCGACACACAGAGGAAAAAAAUCACUUUUUAUGCACGUAUUGAGUUGAGUCUCUUUCGAAGUCAGUUCAUUUUCACUGCUUCGAUCUGAACAAAUUUGACAGGUUGAAGGAAAUAGUCAAAUCGAAUAGCUUAUUUUUUUGGCACAACAAUCGACGUUUUUCUUUAAUUUAUAUUUUUUUUUUAUUUUUCAAAAUAAAAAUAAGCCAAGGCAAAUAAAAAUCAAUCAAAUACACGGUGACAGCUAUUCAUAGCAUUUUUGUGGUGACAACCGAAAACAAAAAAAAAAAUCAUGCAAUUCUAGAAAAUAUCAAAAUAAAAGUAUUAUCAGUUUUUUUCGUUCUGAUGUUACUUUUUGUUCUUUUAUGACACUGUAUUCCGAUGCAAUUUAUUCGUUCCAUUUUGUGUUGUGUAAUUGUGUAGUUGGUGUUCUCAUAUGUAACUUUCUUUCUAGUGUAUGCCUGUAUGCUCCCAAAUUGUAUUGUUAUUCAAACUAAAUAAAUAGGUACACAAAUUUUAAAUUGUUAUUGCCAAAGUGAAUCAAACAAAAUAAAAGAAUAUAAAACCAAUGGACUAUUAGUGUGACGAAAACAAACCUAUUUUCAAGUGAGAAGACCAUUGAAAAAGAAAACUACAGUACUCAAGUUUUGUGUUUUAUUUGAAUAGUUACGAGGAAAAUUGAUAGAGAUUUCAAUGUAAAUGAACUUCUGUGAUAAAAUAGAAAUAUAAGAAGAAAAAAGUAAAUGUAUGUGGCAAUUAUUUGAAAUCAUAACACAAGGUGCAAAAUAAAAUUCUAAUACGGUCAAACCAAACUUGGAAUUAUAUUUACACGGAACGAUAAAGAAAACUAAUAGACACAUUUUUUGCCGAAAACGGUAUCAAUAUUGUCAAUCGAAACUGAAUGAUUGUACCUUUUCACGCCACUUGUUUAUGUAUGAACGUUUGUAGCUCUCAAUUCUAUGAAAUAAAAUAUAGAGCAACAGCAAAAUCCAUACUAUCUGUCAUUAUAAGAUUGAUUCGUAUACACCGACCAUCAUCAGUGAACGAGCCUAAAGAUCAUAAAGUUGAUUGGGAAAGCAGUGUCAUUUUUGCGGUGUUCUUUGUUCGUUAUUUUGGGGGCCAUUCAAGUAGAAAAGAGAAAUGAGACUUGUUACAAAUACAUUAAGCGAAUGUUAUGAGCCAUUUAUCAUUCCACCGAUUUCGAUUCAGUCGUUAUCACGUUGGGACAAACAUAAUGAUUUCCACGUUAAACCAACUGAUUAUUCGGCAUUAGAAGGACCAAGACAUCGUGCUAGCCCAUUUCCACGAUCGGAUCAAAUCAAUAGUCGAUUCAUUAUCUGGGAAGGAGAUAUAUCGUUGAUCGAAUCGGAUGUUAUUACUAACACCACUGAUGAAACUUUAACGGAAAAAAAUUCCAUAUCGAGUCGAAUAUUUCAACGCGCUGGACCUUCUCUAUAUGAAGAGAUUCUAAAUGAUAACCGAGAGUGUAAAACUGGUGAAGUUCGUGUAACCAAAGGCUAUAAUCUGUCAGCAAAAUAUAUUAUACAUACAGUUGGUCCUAUUUACACUGAACGCUAUAAAACAGCUGCCGAACAAACACUUUAUUCGUGCUACAGAAACAUUUUGUCUAAGAGCCGUGAACUUGGUGCCAAAUCCCUUGCGAUUUGCGUGGUAUCAACAGUACAGAAGAAUUUUCCACCUGACAUUGGAGCUCACAUCGCAUUACGUACCAUUCGCCGAUUUCUGGAUACUUUUCAAAACGAAACAAUUAUACUUUGCCUUGAACCACACGAGCGUGGAAUUUACGAAGUGCUAGCACCAUUAUACUUUCCACGUGAUAUUUUAGAAGAAAGCAGUGCGUUGUGGCAGCUGCCGCGCGACAUUGGGGGUAAAUUCGGUGAACCGCAAAUUUUUGAUCGCCAAAUUCGCAUCAUUCAUAAUCCACAGCACUCGGUCAUGAUUAACGCCGAUGACGAUUCGGAUACAAAUCCACGUGAUUUGGAUAGCGUAGAUAUUGAAUAUGGGUUGAGCUCACAUCUGAACAUCGGGCAACAUUCAUUCUCACAAAUGCAGGGGGACCUGGACCGUCAACGCUUGCUGGGCAACCGUCAACGCGUUGGACUUUAUGAAAACAGCAAUAUUGAUGCCGGAGACUGUGAAGGAUUGGAACACCAAGAACGCUUACCACUACUAAUGGAAACUGAAUAUGAACGUUUAUUGAGGCGAGCACGCACCGAGGACUUGACAGAAGUAUCGGGCAUUGGAUGCUUAUAUCAAAGUGGUGUUGACCGUUUGGGUCGACCAGUUGUUGUUUUCUGUGGAAAAUGGUUUCCUGCACACAAUAUCGAUUUAGAAAAAGCGCUUCUAUACUUAAUUUACUUACUUGAUCCAAUUGUUAAGGGUGAUUAUGUUAUUGCAUAUUUUCACACAUUAACCAACUCCAAUAAUUAUCCAUCGCUACACUGGCUUAAAGAAGUGUACAGCAUACUUCCAUACAAGUAUAAGAAAAAUUUGAAAGCCUUCUACAUUGUACACCCAACAUUUUGGACAAGGAUGAUGACAUGGUGGUUUUUAACAUUUAUGGCACCUGCGAUCAAAUCAAAAGUUCAUCAAUUACCUGGUGUCGAACAUUUGUAUGCGGUCAUGACAAGAGAUCAAUUAGAAAUUCCAGCGUAUAUAACUGAAUAUGAUAUGGCGACAAAUGGCCUUCAUUACUUCCAACCGAUAACACGUCAAACGCCCGAACUUUAAUUCAACAACAAUCAACUUAUACCACGGUAAUUCAUAUACCAACCGAAAAUGACGUCAUGACACUCAAUCUAAUUAAAAAUUUUUGAAGAAACCAAUAUAUUUGUUUAACACAUAAAAGGAAGCAAUGCCUAUCUUGAGUAUAUUCACAUUUAAUUGGGCAGUGGUAUAGAAAAGGGAAAUUGUUAAAGAUACGCGAAAAAUAAGUAAUUCAUUAUACCGAGAUUCGAUUGCUUAUCAGUCGUGUUGUUGAGAAUUAGGAGAAAGAAAAAUAAAUAAAUCUUAAUGAAUAAAAGUGGUCUACACGAUUACAUGUGACUCCAAACGUUUGUAAGUUUAAUAUGGAAAAAGCACUAAGUAAAGUAUUCAUUCACCACCCCGUUUCUAACUUCGUUUUCAUUGCGCAACACUGUCAAAGUUAACUAAAGUUUCUGAACAUAUAUUUUAUUUCUUCUCAUAGAAAAAAAAAGAAUGCUUCAGAAAGCAUCUAAAACACUUAUAUUCCCCCACUUUUGGGAUGAAAUGUGAUUCAAAAAUACCCGAGCUAAUAAAAUCCACCAGAUUUUCUUUUCUCUUGUUUAAGAAAUCAAUAAAAAGUAUAUUAGAUGCCAUCGAGGCAUUGUUUUGCGUCACAUAGGAAAGUAAUAAAUUAACAGCUUAAUGAAGAUAUUUUCGAUAAAUAAAUAAAUGAAAAUAAACUAUUUAAAAAAAACUAAAUUAAUUAAUAGCAGUACAUAUGGAUCAUUCAAUUUUAGUAUUUCAACAGAACAACAAUAAUAAUUAACAUGAAAAAGAAAAAAAAGAUAUUCACUUGAGUCUCCAAAUUAUUUGGAAAUAAACAUUUAAAUAAACCAAUUUAACCGGAAAAAUUAAAAUAAAAUAAACUAAUUUAGAUUGUGAGCUGUGGAUCAACAUGCUAUCAUUAGACGUUUUUAGAAUGUCAAAAGUUGUUCUGAUAAAAAAAAUCCUCUUUUAAUUCGAUUUGCUUUAGACAUACUAAAAGCAAACAUGAAUUAAGAUAGAAGAGUUUUAAAAUUUCAAAAAGUUAUUGUUUUCUUAUUAAAUUAUAGAUACUAUUGUUAAAUUAAUCCUGUGUUAAAUUUAUAAAAAUAAAUAUUUUUUAAUAAGAUGUAUUUUAGUGCGAAAAAUUAGUAUAAAAAAUCGCCAAUUAUUUCAUUAAAGCUUCAAAUGUUUCUUUAUAUAAGACAA